UCCAAUCCAAUGCUGUUGCUGCUAGUUGUCUCUACACUAAUUUUGUGCCCAUAAGCUUUCACGUGUGCUCGCAUCCAUUAACAUCGGAGGUUACUAUGUAUGUUUGUCUAGCUAUAUAUAUAAGCUAGCGGAGCAGUAGCCGGAAGUAUGUAAGAGAUAAGUGCAAGGUCUACACCGCCACCGUCGUCGCUGCUUCCUACUCAUUCGAGUCAAGUAGUGUCACGCAUGGCGCAAGAACAACAAGGCGAAGAUGAUAUAGAGAUGCAAGAAAUCCGAGAGGAACGUAGUGGCAGCAAUUUCCACACCACGGACGCAUUGUUAUUCGAAUUCCCUACUAUCAAGAAGGUCCUGGACAAAUCACGUGCCGCCAUCCACGACAGUGCUAGCUACUACAAGCCAUGCCAUGUGUCGAUCGGCCCGCGCCACCGAUGUUCCUCCCACCUGUUGAGGGAGGCCGAGAAGCGGGAAUGGCUCCGCAUUUUGAAAGCAGUUGCUAAUAAACGGCCAGAGGUACAGCAUGGCGGUGAGUCUUUCGGGACGACGGAAGGAGCACAAGAUUUGGACGAUGAAGCUUGGGUUAAAGAAAUUAGUGCACAGCUGAAUAGUGCCCCUGCCACGAGGUACUACGACCACGACCACGCUGAUGGAAGCUGGAACAGUACUGGGGAGGACUUGGCACGUGUGCUCUUACUUGAUGGGUGCUACCUCAUCGCUCAGUACGCCGAUGUUGCGAAGACGCUGCAGCAGCACAAGAAUGCACAUGCAUCGAGGUCAUCACAGGGACAGGGAGGCCCUUCGAAGAAGCUGCGGCAGAUUAGUGCGGAAUUCUUGUGCAGCGGCAUCUGCGGCAGCGGCAGCGGCAGCAGCAGUGAGCAGCAAAAGGAGGAGGAGCAGCAAAAGGAGGAGGAGGAGGAGCAUACCCGUGCAGGGAGUGACGAGCAGGUUAACGAUGCACUGAUGGUGCGGGACACCUGGUUCAUAUUGGAGAAUCAGAUUCCGUUCUUCGUGCUUGAGCAGAUCUUUAAGCGUGUAAUCGGAUGCGCGGCCGCCGAAGUCAUUGUUCGCAGGAACUUCACAAAUCGUGCACAUGACCAGUUGAAUAUCCAGCGGAUGUGCAUCAGCAGAAACCACCCCGCCGCUUCCAAGCUGCUGGAUGAGACACCUCAGACUACUACAUACCAUCUCCUGCACCUGCUGCACAAAUUGUUGAAGCCACAUAAUAAACCAGAAUCAGAAUCGCAACACAAAUCCAGAUCCAAGAUGAGGAAUGGCGACAGAAGAGCAGCAGAACGCCAGUGGCACCGGGCCACGGACUACAGCAUGUACGCCAACGUCGACUUCAAGGGAAGAGAUAUUAUUGAGGACAACAACCACAGUGCUGCUGCCGAUGUGCUCUCUGUGCUCGACGUGCGCAUCGAGGGACGCAACGUCGUUAUCCCUUGCCUGCGCGUCGACGGGGACACCUGGACAAUCCUGCUCAACCUGAUGGCGCUGGAGGGGCAGCACCCAUGGCUGGGCACCUACGUCACGGCUUACUGUCUCUUCAUGUCGCAGAUAGCCUGCACGAAAGAGGAUGUGGAGCUCCUGGAGGCCAAAGGUGUCAUCGACAGGCAUCUGAGCACGCCGGAGAGUGUCGCGGCGGACUUCUCCAAGCUCUGCUAUGGCGUCGUCUUCGACAAGAACGACCCCGCCGCAAACUAUCUCAAGCCCCUCUGGCACCAUCUGGACAAACGCUACACGAGUCGACGGCAAAACGCUAUAGCAUGGCUCCGUCUGAAUUACCUAACUUGCAGGAAUGUAUCAGUUCUCCUCGGGGUUUUCUCAGCCAUCAUUCUUCUUGGCGCUGGAGUGCUUAGUGCAGUCUACCAAGUUCUCUCGUAUUAUCACCCACAGAAUAUCGCACCGGCACCACCACACGGGCACUAACUUAAAUUAUUAGUUUCCAAUAUCAAUACCGUUCACCUUUAUUUUUAUUCUAAUAUACACGUUUUAGC